CUUGUUUGCCAUUCACUAUGACACGUAUGCUACCAUCCCCCUCCCAAGCCACAGAAUACCGUGGCCAAGAUGACAAUCGACAAUUCAUACGGUGUCAUACCCCUGCCACGACUCGACGACUCGGUCACCAGUUGAACACCACAUGAAGAAUUACGCCGGUCGAUCGUCAUCAAGAACCGCCAUGACAGUAUUCGUGAUUGCCGUUUGCAUAUGUGCCGCCCUCGCCAGCCGUCCAGAAGUGGCCAAAUCGGAGACCAUGGCCGYACCAUUUCCGUUGAAUUCAAUAAAACAAAAUUCUUCUCAGGUCGUCCCAACCCAGCAACAUUUGGAUAUCGCUGCAUAUGUUGCUAAAUCAAAUUAUACAACACACGGGACUGCUAAUGACAACACUAUUCGCAGCAAAAAAAUGGUUAAGUCAUAUAAUUUGGCUUGUUAUUAUAGUAUACCAUUUGAUAAUACUAAUAAAUUUCUUCAACCUGCUUAUAUUGAUGCUACUAUAUGUACUCAUUUAAUUGUGGCGUCUGCAGUAGUUCAAAGUAACAGUGUUUAUUUCAGAAGUUCAUUUGAUAUGCAGAUUUUAAGACAGAUAGUGAACUUACGCGAAAGAAACCCAAAUUUAAAAGUAUUACUAUCUAUCAUACAUUUCUCCAAUGGUUCACCGUCAAAUGAAGGUUUUCCUAGCGUUGUUGCAAAUGUAGAGAACUUAAACAAAUUUGUCAAUAGUGUCGUGUCAGUUGUCAACGAAUUUCACUUGGAUGGUAUUAAUAUUGACUGGGAAUUUCCAUCGUGGCCAUUAUUCAAUUUAGAAGAAAAAUAUGGAUUUUCUAAGUUAUUAGAAUUUUUACGUUACCAUUUACCUGACUCUGUUUUAACCGCAGCAGUUGCUGCUCCUAUUAAUAUUAUCAAACAAUCUUAUGAAAUCAAUUCCUUAACAAAUUAUCUUGACUUCAUUAAUGUUAUGUCGUAUGGUUAUUAUUAUUACCACUGGUCUUUCCCAUUAACUGGGCCAAAUUCACCUUUGUUUUCUUCGCUACAAGAAACUGGGAACUUAAAGGAUUUAGAUGUUAACUCUUCUAUAUUAUAUUAUAUUUCAAUGGGUGUUCCUAAAAAUAAGAUUUUGCUUGGCAUGGCUGCAUAUGGACGUUCUUUUAAAUUAAUAAAUGAAGAAGUUCAUGAUUUUUAUUCACCAAGUUCUGGUCCUGGUAUCGGCAAAGACGGAUUUGUAACUUUUCCAGAAGUGUGCGAGUUCGUGUCACAUGAAUAUGUUUCAACUGUUUUUGACGAUGACACCCAGACGCCUUAUUCAUAUUAUAAAGAUGACUGGAUAUCUUAUGAUAAUCAACUAAGUUUAUCAGUCAAAGCAGAAUUUGUUAAUACUUUAGGUUUAGGAGGUGCAAUGGUAUUUUCUUUAAACGCUGAUGAUUAUAGUGCUUCAAGUAUAUGUUCGUCGUCAACAUUUCCAUUAACUAAAAUAAUAAAAAAAAUAUUAAAUAAUGAAUUUUAA